AUUUAAAAAGAAGAAGAAGAGGAAGAAGAAGAGCUUAAUUAGAGCUAAACAAUACCCAGAAUGAGUCUAAGGAAUGUUCUACACUUUAGUGUUUCUUAUUAAAAUGAACAAGGUCAAAAGUUGCUAAAUUAUAGGUCAGAUUAGCAGAGUUAUCACUAGAGAAGUGGAUUUUGUACUGUAAUGAGCACUUAUGCAAGUCUAAAAAUUUGGUUUUGGGUUUUUAAACUAUAAAAUGAAACAAGAAGAAGUGACAGAUCAAGCCUUUUCUAUGUACUUAUAAUUUUAAAUGAGAUAUUUCCUUUAGAAAUUAGUCAUUUUGUAUGAAUUGUGUACGUUUCAUAACCGUCAACACGGAGGUUAGGUAACAGGAAUACAUAACAAACACACGUGACUUAUUACAUGAAUGGGAAGUAGUAGGUGGUGCUUUUGAUGUCAUGUAACCAUUACUUAACUCACAGGUAUAUAAUGCUGAACCAAUAACUAUAGUUCAGUGUCUUUUUUUCAGUCUGUUUCUGAAAUCUGACCACAUUAACUACAAAACAGUUGAACACAAUGGGAGCUCAUAACAUCGCCCGUAUAGCCAUUAUAGUGGUCUCAGUAGUGGUUUAUAUAACCGGGAUCACGUUCAACAUCCUUGCUGCACAAGGGACGGGUCCUUUCUUGAUGAUGACUGCAAACGUCUCUGAUACAUACAACACACAAAUCACUCCAUCUGGAUGGACCUUCUCAAUCUGGGGUGUCAUCUAUUUCUGGUUAACUGCUAUGUUUAUCUACAUUGUGUCUACUAUAUUCAGAAGGAAUGCCUUCGGACCGAUGUACUGCAGCCGUUCAGUGUUACCGUACGGCUUCUUCAUCUGCUGGAUUCUAAAUAUUCUGUUUAACAUUAGCUGGCUUCUGCUGUGGGACAGAGAGGUGAUGAUCGCAGCAUUGAUCAUGCUUGCUUUUGUUGCAUUCACAAACUACAUGAUGAUUUUCUUCUCCUGUCGUGGACUUAAAGAAUACGGAGCCUGGUUAAACAAGUAUCACAACAAGGAUCUCUGGUGCAUUCGUAUACUGGUUCAGAACGGCUUGGCUGUAUACACAACGUGGACCUCUAUCGCUACCCUGAUUAACCUGACCAUAGUGGUGAGCUACGAUGCUGGAAUGAGCAAAUCAGACGCAGCAACGCUGUCACUCUCACUGCUAUCGGUGGAGGUCCUUGUUUGGUUUGUUCUGGAGAACAGUUUUCUUGAGAAGCAUGUACGCUACAUCCUGACUGUCUACCCUGUUAUCAUCGUUGCCUUAUCUGGAAACAUGACAAAGAAUUUUGACGCUUCGGCUCCUGGACGGAAUGGUAUAUUUAUUGCGUUGCUGCUUGCUUUAGCCUGUGUGCUGUUUGUAACCAGGGUGUGUUUGGUCAUCUGGAGACACAAAAAACAUGCACACACACAGGAUGUCACAUCAGAGAUGGAGAUUGCAACAAAGCAGUAAAUGUUCUUAAUAUGAACAGUAAAUCUAUACCUGUUCCAACCAGUAUAAUGUAUACAUGAAAUGUGUAUUGCAUUUUUUGUUAUUAUAAUAUACUGUUAAUAUAAUAAUUAUAUUGUAUGAUUUCGUAAUUAUGAGGCAGUUAAAGCACAUAUUUGUGAUGUGCUUAAUGACUCAGGUGCUAAUUCACAGAUUUUUUUAUUUCUGAAAUGAAGAAAAGUAAUAUUAUCAGGAAUGUAUUAUAGAAUAUAUUUUUUUAUUUACCAGAAAUGAAGACAUUCAUAAAGACAUCUGUUCCAUGUCUUUUAAACUAUAAAAUAUGAAGUAAAUUCAUAUUCAUAAAGUUCAGUAAAACCCAAUAUGUUCAGUUUUUAAACCCAAUAUAAAAAUACUUAUGUAUUUUAUGUUUUAUCUAUUUUUUUUAUGUUGAAAUAAAUAGAUUAUAAUUCAAUACA